ACACAGUACGAUGGGUAUAAAAAUUCCGAUACAAUUUGUUUUAAAAAUCACAAAUACACGUUAAAAUUCAAAGACAGUCAAGUCGGAUAACGAAAAGAAAGCCACAAGAUGCCGCCGAAGGUUAAGAAGGAGAAGAAGGAUGUGAACAAGGUGACCCAAGUGGACAGGACAUUCUACGAGUUGACUAUCACAGAUCUAAACCAAAAGUUGGCCCGCCUGCGAGCCCACUUGACCAACGUCGAUGAGACCAAUAUUACGCUCACGGAGAAACUCAAAGAUGUUGAAUCCGAUGGCGUGGAUGUGGCAGCCCAUUUGGAACGGACUUUGGCGGAGAGGAACAAUUCAAUAACCGAACUGGAGGAACGCCUAGUGGAGAUUACUAAGGUGCGGGAUGUGGAGAACCGUUUGGCCCAGGAAAAGAUUGGUGACCUAGAAGCCAAGUACAAGGCUAUGCAUGACCAAUUGACCUCCGAGAUAAAGUUACUUAAUGGCAAGCUGAACUCUCUCGAUGAAUUUCGCAUCCAAAGGGAUGUCCUGCUGGCCAAGUUUGAUGAACAGGAGGCGGAUCUUAACGAAAGGGAAAAGGAUCACAAGGAGGCACUGUACAAUAUGGAACAGCGAGCGGUGGUGGAAAAGGAUGCUCUUAAAAAGGAAGUGGAACAAAAGUUGCUCCAAGUCUCGGAGGAUUUCACCCGCUCCAGUGAGAUCCGUAAUGCUGGCUACACCCGUCGUCUGAUUCGCGAGAAUAUUGCCUUACAAAAGGAGAUCGAUCUUCUGGUCAUGUCGCAGAUAAAACUCCAGCAGGCUUAUACAAACCAAAAGUCCAAGCACAAGGAGAUGGAGGAACAGUACAGUGCCCUUGAUCAAAUCAAGAAUGAGUUGGUCCGAAACUCCGUUAACAAGAUCAAGAUCAUUGAGGGUCUAACCCGGAACUACGAGAAACUCAAAGCCAAGUAUGUGGAGGUGUUGAGGUACAAGAAGGCCUAUGAAUCCCAUUUACAGGCAGAAAAGUGUGAGAACGUUAAACAGAAGGAUGCAGCUGGAAAACUUCGGACUCUGGCCAAGCGAAUGGAGAUUGUAGAGCUAGAAAAUCGAAAUUUGGAUGUGGUUCAUGCUCAGCAUGAGAUUGAAAUCACCCGACUGCGUGGAGUCAUCCAGGAGAUUAAGUGCACGGUACGCGAUGCCAUUGUGGCGGAACAGGCAGCCAAGGCCUUCCCGGAGAGAUUGAACGAGGCCAAUGUUGAUGACCCCGCGGUUAUACAAGAAGUUCGAGAAGAGGCCAUCUCCGUUUGCAAGCUGAAACGCGGCGAUUUACUCUCCACACUUCUGAACAUUGUUAGCUCCCACUCGGAGGAUCUUCCAAGGACUCCAUCGAUUGCCUCCAUCGGCAGUGCCACCUCAUCGCUAUAUGCACCCGGUAAAAUGGGCUUUAUGCCCACCCGACCCAAACCAACACCCUUCGAUGCCUUCCGUAGCGAGGUCGUUGACCACAAGCCGGAUACCACCAUUCCUGAAGACUUGCAGAAGCAAAAGGCUCAGGAUAAGUACAUUCCCUUGCGCGGCGACGAGAACACUAUCAUUGAUGUGGAGUUUGGAACCACUUUGUAUGUCUCAUCUUCACGCGAAGACGAUCUUAUCGAAGUGGAGGAAGAACCCCUGGAGGAGCCGGAGGGAUCUAGCAGUUCCAUGUCCGUAAAGAAGGCUAGCAGCGAAGGUUCUGCUGCGCCUCCUGCAACUGCACCUCUCGUCGCAUCCACGUCAGCUAGGGAUAUCAAAUUAGUCCCCAGCAUGGGAACAUUAGACACCCUUACGGCCACUUCUAAAUUGACGGGCGUUACCACCGAGGAUGAGGGCGAGGAGGGUGAAGGCGAAGAAGAGGACUUCGAAGUACAAUUCUUCUACUAAAAUUCCUUGAAAUUUAUGUUUACUAUUUGUUCCACCAUUGUUGAGAAUUAGAAAAUAUAUGUAAAUAUAUAUUUGAAU